AUGUCACAAUCGAAUCGUAAACCACCUAAUUCCCAGAUACUCCCCGGAUUCCCACUGUUGGGCCUACCAGAACUGAUGGAAUGUCUAUCCGCCCUCGGCAUCCCAGCGCAGAUGGAGGAUCUCACCAAGCCGACUGCGGGGACCACGCAGGGGAUAUAUGCAGGUCUGAUAGAGGCUUUGAUGGGUGCGCCGAUGGAAUCGAUCGAAGCUCCCAAGCAGGCUUUACUGGGGAUGAUGGAGUACAAGGACAUGUACAAUGAUGCGCUUCAAUUCACAAUGUUCUUCCGACAUGUCCGAGACCUAGCCAAUCUAUGUGGAAUAACCAACUUCUCUCUUGCCGAUCUCACUCGACCCGAACCAGCAAGGUUCAAAACUGUUUUAAGUGGAAUAAUGAAUUUCGCUAAAUUCAGAGACGAGAGAGCGCACUUCCAAGCUCAAUUACAGGCGAAAUUGCAGGAACAAGCUGAGAAAACGGUAUCGUUGAGGCAGAAGAUCGAUCAGGUUGAGAAUGAUAUUAGUGAAAUAACCGCUCGAAAUGCCGCUGAGAGACCACAGUCUGAACAAGCUCAGAAAAGGAAUGACGGACUUCGAGCGGAACUUAUGGAAUUGAGAUCCCAGCAGAUGAAAUUGAGUUCGGAAACAGAGGACUUGAAGAAGGAAAGACAGGCAUUGAUGGAUCAGGCGGCACACAAUGCUCAUUUGAAUACUCAAAUCCAACAACAAAUACUCUCCGCCAAAUCACGUUUAGUCCAAUCUCCAGAUCGGAUCAAAAAACAAAUCAGUGAAAUGUCCAUUUCGCUCUCAUCUGAAAAAGCCAGAUUAUCUUCUUUCCAAUUGAAAGCUCGUGAACUCUCGAAUCGAUUGGAAGUUAUCAAUUCCUUAGAACUAGACUUGAAAAACUUGAUCGAUUUACAGAAAACGAUCGAGGCGCAAAAAGUCAAGAUCGAAGAGGCGAAGAGGAAUAGGACGAUUGGUGAGAGUAAGAAAGAAUCAAAGGAAUUGGAAUUGAAGAAUUUACAAUCGAGAAGUGAUCAGUUGAAUAAACAGAUUGAAAAUGCCCAGAAUAAAUUAGAUAGACAACAGGAAUUGACGAAUGAAACUAGAGAAAGACAUAAUAAGAGAUUGGCAGAGUUGAAAGCUGAAUACACCGUUCGAUCGAAAGAAAGAGGAGUAUGGCAAAAACAGCGUGAUUUGUUGUUGGCGGAACAGAAAGAAUUGGAAAAUGAAAUGUCAAAUUUCAUUCAAACUCAUGAGAAUGAAAUAAACGAUUUGUUGCAGGAAUAUUGGACGAUGAGGAGACAAGCUGAGGAUUACAUGAAUACCAUGUCUGUCAAACUUGGUUUACAAGUCAAGGCGUAG